UCAAUUUAAAUUUAAAUUCGGAAAAGAAUCAUGUACCAGGUCUGGACAUUGUUCAUUUUACUUUCCGGAUUUAUUAUUUUCUGCGCUGCUGAAAAUGUUGUAGGCGAUCAGGAAAAUGAAGAGGAAACUGAACCUUUAACAGAAGAUCCGAAAUGUGGUCAAGCUAAUCCAAAAGCUAUUCAUUUGAAUCUAAAUGUUACUGGAAAUCAAGCUAAGCCUGGUGAAUUUCCUUGGACAAUAGCCCUGAUUUAUAAAGACAGCUUCAUUGGCGCUGGCUCGCUCAUUGCUCCAGAUGUAGUCUUAACUUCAGCCCAUCGACUGGUUAAUAAAACAGCGGAGGAUAUGAUAGUCAGCGCAGGAGAAUGGGAAUAUGGAAACCCUUUCGAAAAGUAUCCCUUUGAAGAGAUGAAAGUGGUCAAAAUUGUGAUUCAUGAGUCAUUUGAUUAUAAAAAUGGAGUUAACAACUUGGCGCUCUUGUUCCUGGAGCAAGAAUUCUCACUAACGUAUCGAAUAAAUACGAUUUGUCUGCCCGCUGAGAAAAGGUCACUAAAUUCCACUCGUUGUAUGGUGGCUGGCUGGGGUAAAAACGGUUUCAGAGAUAAGCAUUACGCCACCGUGCUAAGGAAAAUAGAGUUGCCGAUCGUGCCCAGGGAGAUUUGCCAGAAUCAGCUGAGAAAAACCAGAAUGGGCACAGAUUUCGAACUGCCAAAGGGUCUAAUUUGUGCCGGCGGCGAGGAAGGCAAGGAUGCCUGUACUGGCGAUGGCGGUGGCGCACUUUUCUGUCCAAUGGCCGAGGAUCCCAAUCGAUUCGAGCAGAUUGGCAUUGUCAACUGGGGCGUGGGAUGUAAACAAAAAGAUGUUCCCGGCACCUACACCGAUGUGGCUGAAUUUAAGAAGUGGAUUGACCAGCAGAUCGACGUCAAAUUCGAUUUACCCGAAAAUAAUUAACUUAACAAUUUUCCAUUUAAUACAUUAAAAUACUUCAAAAUCAUAACUAUAAAAUUGUAUAUAUGUAGUUGAUUUUAA